AUGGAGACCGAUGUCGGCAUUCCCGGGAGCCAGGUGCUCUCGCUCCUGCAGGCCAGUGAUGACGGAGCAAAGACAGGGGCGGGACUGGCCGACCAAGGAGGGGCGUGGCUCGGUUUCCGAGCAACGGUGAGUGCGGUGCUGCUAUUGGAGCUGCUGCUGGGAGUGGGUGGGAACCUGACCGUGCUGGUGUUGUACUGUGGCCACUGCAGCCUGUUGGAAUCUGUCAGUCAUGCCGUCACUCUCAGUUUACACACGCUCGACCUGCUUCUCUGCGUCCUCUGCCUACCAAUCACAGCCACUCUGCUCCUGCUGGGCGGAGCCUCUGCUCCAAACCACGUGCUUCUCUGCUGCCUGCACGAAUCAGCAUCCAGCUUUGCCAGCGUUGGCACCGCCCUCAACCUGCUGCUCAUCAGCCUGGACCGCUAUGACAUCAGCGUCCGGCCGGCCAAUCGGCUGCUGACGCCGCGGCGGGCGGCGCUUCUCCUGGCCGCGGUGUGGGCGGUGUCUCUCACUGUGCCCCUCCUGCCGUUCAUGGAGGCGGGGUUUCUGUCGGGUGCGGUAGCAGUGGGCGGAGCUGUGGAGGACGAGCUGGUGACGGCUAACAGUACAGAGCUGUGUGUGCAGUGGGGCGGGGUGUUUAACGCUCACCUGGUGCUGCAGGUGCCCGUGUUUCUGUGCUCUCUGGCCGUCAUGCUCUUCACGUACUCGCGCAUCCUACAAGCUCUGCGCAUGCGCAUCGGACGUACUCCUCUCCCACGAAACCAGCGCGACCCCUCCCAGCCACGCCUGUUCUCAUCACGCCUCAGGAGGAAGAAAGGGGGCAGGUCGUCGCCGGGUAACACGACGCAGCCACGCCUCCUUCCUUCCCCCAUCCCCACCUCUCCCCCUCCCCUCUCCACUGGUCCGCUCAUCGCCUCAGACACGGUUACCACAGUGACUGUUACCACAGAGACGAACAAUACCCCGUCUGUGAUCACACCGCUCAGUCCCGACUCCACAGUUACGACGGUGACCACGCCACUGAGCCCAGCCCCAACAAUCACCACAGUAACCACGCCCCAGAGCCCCACCCCCACCGUUACCACGGUAACAGCGUCGCUGAGCCCCGCCCCCAUCGCCGGAGCAGCCCCUCCCCACGUGGGGGUGGGGGCCUCAGUGUCUGCUAUUUUAGCCCUCCGCCGCGCCGUGAGGAGACACAGGGACCGGCGGGAGCGCCAGAGGCGGGUUUUCAGGAUGUCCGUCAUCAUCAUCCUCUCCUUCCUCCUCUGCUGGGCACCCCUCUCCAUCACGCCCCUCCUCCUGCUCGCCCUCGGCCCCUCCGAUUGGCUGGAACGACUGAGGCUCUGCUUCCUGGUAUUGGCCUACUGGACAGUGGUGCUACACCCAUUGUUGUAUGCCUUCACACGGCAGAAACUGCGUAAGGUCCUGCACACACGUCUGCGAAGGAUGCGGCCACGCAACACACACGUCCUCAUACGCUCAGCAGGAAGGAGGAGCCAUCACAAACACAGACUGGACCACAGUGAUACCAUGGACCGCUGCCUCACUGACACUGCUAGGGAGUGA